CCGGGCCUCCUGCUCCCGCUGCCGGGCCAGCUGUCCGGCCAGCACCCGAGACCGACUGGGCACAUGGGCCGAGAGGGUCGGCAGAGCCAUAGACCUGUAAUACAUUAGGUAAGAGUGUGUCCGGACUAAAGAGAUGGCUCUGCUAAUGGAGCACCAGUUCAGACAGCUGCCAGCUGACAGACAGGUGGAAACCAGACCGUUUCUGGAGGCUGUGUCAUACCUUCCACCAUUCUUUGACUGCCUUGGUUCUACUAUUUUUGCACCAAUAAAGGCAGACCUAUCUGGCAACAUCACAAAAAUCAAGGCGGUUUACGAUACCAACCCAGCACGGUUCAAGACACUGCAGCAGAUUUUGGAGGCAGAGAAGGAAAUGUAUGGACCAGAAUGGCCUAAAGCUGGAGCGACUUUGGCACUUAUGUGGCUAAAAAGGGGUCUACGGUUUAUUCAAGUCUUCCUGCAGAGCCUGGUGGAUGGUGAGAAGGAUGAUAGCAACCCAAACCACAUUCGAGUCAACGUCACCAAAGCCUAUGAAAUAGCUCUGCAAAAGUAUCACGGCUGGUUUGUUCAACAGCUCUUCAGGGCAGCUCUUUUCGCAUCUCCAUAUAAGACAGAUUUCCUGAAGGCCCUCUCCAAGGGUCGGGACGUCAAGGAAGAGGAAUGCUUGGAAAAAAUCCGAAAAUUCCUCAUCAACUUCACUGUCACUGUUGAUGCUAUUUAUGAAAUGUACAAUAAACUGAAAGCUGAUCUUGAUUACACAGUGUGACUGCAGGACGUUCCUCUUUCCUCCGGUGAUCCUCCUCGUUUACAAAGUCCAUUACAGUCUGCAGUCUACAUCUUGACACCCUUCAGCUCAUCUGACAGCUCACUGUAGGAGUGCAUUUAUAAUACUCAAAUAUCCUGCGUGCCUGUUCUGGCUUUCUCGUUGUGCCUUCUUCACUGUUGUUUGACUCUGAGGCAAGUUUCCCAAAGCAGCUGCAGAUUUAAUCUCAGUUAUUUAUUUGUUCUAUUUGAAGAUGAUAUUUCUUUACAGGAAAGGCAAUAGUAUCGCCAGAUAUUUAUGUACAUGAUCAUAAGAUAAUUAUACCAAGAAUCACAGUGCUGCUCAACACAUGUUUAUGAAACCAGGACUGUUACAAAAGCUUUAAGCAAGUGAGUGAGGUAGUGACAUCAACACUGGAUAUAAUACAACAGUGUAAUCUUUGCUAUAAUCAUUUGUACCUUACAGUGAUUUUUAAAGGUUUUAAUUUCUUAUAUUAAAGUUGUUUUUGUUACCUAGCCUAUAACCAGAGAUAAGAUAAGGUCUGCAUUUACUAAAUAUUAUUAUUAUUAUUAUUAUUAUUAUUAUUAUUAUUAUUAUUAUUAUUAUUAUUAUACUUUGAAGUAAAAUGAUCAAAAUCCAAAGCACAUCAUUUAUAUGAUUUACAAACACUUUGGAAAAUAGGUCGUAUGUUUUCAUUUUACACAACAAAUAUUGCGUAGUUGUUUCGUGGGGAUUAGAUUGUAAUUUGUAAUGAAGAAUUGUAUUAAUUUAUUUGUUAUAUUGUCCAAAGUGAUGCAAAACACAUGAAUAGUAUAUUUUUCCAGGCAUCAUUUCUGAAAAGCUCACAAAGUACAAGAAGCUGAACGUACAUUGUUGUAAACAGCUUCUAAUAUUGCACACCUGCUUGUGCCUUCAGCUGGAUCUACAGAGCACUUUAGCAACCAUUUCAGCUUUUCUGCCUUCACUUUGUGUAAAGCAAUCUAAUUAAGAACAAAAAGUUCAUUAUUACUGAAGCUAUGGUCUGCCUCUUUUAUUCUUCCAUGCUAUGCAGGACUUGAAUAUGUAUCAUAACUAUUCUUCCAAAGCAAUGCUUCAUCAGCACUAAGUGCUUCUGUCUACUCUGCUCUCAGGUGCUCACAUAAAACCGAAUGUGUAUUUUCUUUAAACCUCUUUGGUUGUUAGAUAGAAUUUCGGAUACUCUGUGAAGCGAGAUUAAAUGUCAAAUGGGACAUUUUGACAGCGUACCGACCUUGAAUAAAGGUUCUGUUGGUGGCCUUUGGUUAGUUAGUAUUGUUUUGAGUUUGUGUCUCUUGUGGCUGAAAUUAUGUUGCAGUGUGUGUAUAGUGCAAAAUAACAAAUAUAGUAUUUUCAAUUUAUGUAAAUCAUAAUUUGCAAUAAAAAUAUGUGCAAUAA